AAAUUUACUACAAAUAAUCCUAAUUUACUGAUUUUCUAUAUAAAUCAGCCCCCUUCCCUGCACCAGAAUCCAACCCAAACUACACAAUCUACAACUCCUGCUCAAGGUUCGUGCGGCACUUCGGCGGGCAUCUGUUCUAUUAUAGUCAAAUGGCCUCAAGGAAGAUCACCGGGGGUUUAGUCCUGCUCCUGGUAGCCAUGCUUUGCACAAGAACCAUGGCUCAGUCAGAUUGCACCAGUGUGCUAAUCACCAUGGCUCCAUGCCUCAAUUACGUGACAGGAAGCUCCUCAACCCCUUCUGCGUCAUGCUGCUCGCAGCUUGCUAAUGUUGUUCAAUCACAGCCACAGUGCCUUUGCAUGGCGCUCAACGGCGGCGGUGCGUCGCUGGGUGUGUCGAUUAACCAGACACUUGCUCUAGCACUCCCUGUUCUUUGCAAUGUGAAAACUCCACCCGUUAGCAAGUGCAAUGCUGCUGAUGGACCUGCAACUGCAAUAUCUCCUUUUGAUUCUCCAGCGAGUUCUCCUCAAGGUUUACCAGGCGGUUCAGCUGACACCCCAAGCAGCUCAUCAGCAUCAGGCGGGUCUAAAACAGUUCCAGCAACUUCCAGUGAAGUUAUCAUUAAGAUGCCGAUUCAGCUCAUCCUGUUCUUGCUGCCCAUAGCUUUAUAUGCUUCCAUUUCCAGCAAUUUCUGAGGCUGCUAUGUGGGAUAUCUUCAUGCUUCUAUUACUGUUUAUGAUGCUAUCUACUCGUGUUUUGUUCAGCAUUUCAUUGUCGUUUUAACAAAAGUUUGUAUGGUUUGGCUUUAAUUACCUCUUAUAUAAAGCUUGUGUGGUUUGCUAAGUUCAUGCAUGAGUAAUUCAAAAGGUUGUUCACGCUUCAACUGUAAUGUCUUUCAAUGAUAAGAAACUUAU